AUGUGGAUUGCCAUCAAUGCUUAUAAUAAAGACGUUCAGAAUGAGCUUGAAAUGAAACAUUUGACUAUUGAACGCGAUGGUAUGAAUUACGUAUAUGUGCGUGAUUUUGAUGAAUUGAAAGAACGUUUAGCUGACGUCGUUGAAGAGCUUGAAAAGAAGUAUGAUAUGCAGAAGGAUUUUAUUGAUGGCGCACUUGCUAAUCCUAAUGCAGCCGCUAUCGUUGAUGCCAUCGCUGCUAAGGUAGAAGCACAUGUUGGUCCGGUGAUUUUCACUCGUGACACUCAUCUCGAUGGUCUUUUUGAAGCAUCUUUGGAAGGCAAGUUGCCUAAGCAUUGUGUGCGGGGUACCGAAGGUUGGAUGAUUGAUGAAAAGAUUGCAGAAGCAGCAAAGGACAAGUUUACUGCCGCUGUUGAUAAGGUAACAUUUGGUAAUGUGAAUUGGAAUGAUACUGAAGAUCCGAUGUUGCAGCGAGUAAUUGCUCAGGCUGAUGAGAUUGAGCUUGUUGGUACUGUUGCCGAAAUUUGUGUAGCAGCAAAUGCGAUUUUGCUUCGAGCAAUGUUCCCUGAUAAGAAGAUUGUUGUUUAUAAGGAUAUGAUUGCAGGUUUGACUGAUGAAGGAAAGGCUGCAGCAAUUAAGGUUCUUGAAGCACAGAUGGUUGAAGUAGUUUAA